UUCAUCAAACUGGUCAAGUGGCGCGAGAAACAUGUGUGGUAGAAUGUGUUGUUCUCUGAAUCCGGACACUUUGGGCCGCGCUUGCGACUACAAGGAUGGCAACGGCAAACUACGCACUACAUCGUGGACCAAUAGCGACGUCAAAUACUUUCCGUCGUGCAACAUCGGACCCAAAGACGUUGUACCCUGUCUCGUCGCCGGUUCACAUUUUGCAAAAAAUAAUGAGAGGGUUCUUUGCUCUAUGAUGUGGAGUAUGAUUCCACCCUGGCACGAGGGUGACUAUAGGAAACAUACAAUGUCGACGCACAAUGCUCGCCUGGAGAACCUUAAGACUUCUACAAUGUAUGCUCCACCACUUAGAAAGGGAUAUAGGUGCAUUGUAGUUUGCGAAGGUUAUUACGAAUGGAAAGCUGGAAAGACAAAAAAGGAGGCUAAGCAGCCGUAUUACAUUUAUGCUACUCAGGAAAAAGGAGUUAGAAUGGAUGAUCCCAUAACAUGGAAGGAUGAAUGGUCAGAAGAGAGUGGUUGGAAGGGAAUUAAAGUUCUGAAAAUGGCAGGAAUAUUUAACAGAUUCAAAACUGGAGAAGGUAAAACAAUAUAUAGUUGUACAAUAGUUACAACAGAUUCUAAAAAUUCUCUCUCUUCGUUACACAAUCGUGUACCUGUAUUUUUAAAAACAGAAGAAGACACACAUGUUUGGCUAAAUGAGGACCUAUCAUUAGCUCAAGCUGUUGACAGAUUAAGCAAAGCAACAGUAUCCGAGGGCGAUUUAAGUUGGCAUACAGUCUCGACUUUGGUAAACAAUGUAACACAUAAAAGUGAAGAUUGCAGAAAGGAGACAAAGGCCGUAGAAGAGAAAAAAAGCAACCCUAACAGCUUUAUGGCUUCCUGGCUGAACAAGGGGACUGCGGCGUCAGCUAAGAGAAAAAGUAUAAAUACCGAUGAUGACCAUAGCAGCAAAAGUCGAGAGAGCGAUAAAACGCCUUCGAAAAUUGCAAAAAAAUAA